AUGUACGAUUUGGCAGAUCUGACCGACUCUGAUUUGAUAGAGCUGUGUGCCGGUUGGCUUCCCUCGUCCAAGAUUUGCUCCAUGUCCACCUCCAUCACCGUUCCCUCGGCAAAUGAAGACCAGUUCAUGCUCACCGAAGGCGUGCGGAACGACCCGGCCGACUGGUUGAUGGCAUUGAGAAUCUCGUCAGUAUCGUCGAGAUUGCGUUUUUCCCUUCCCCUGGUUGGAGAAACGUCGUAA